CUUAUCUAAGUUUGUUGGAGGAAAAAAAACUAGAAGGUGAGAAAAAAUUAGAAGAACAGCAACAAAAGGUUAUUCAACAACUAACCAAAUCGCAAGAAGUGGUUCAAUCACCUCCCUUUCUAUUUCCCUUCUUUUCCCCUUCCAAAAAAGAUCCAGAACUUUCAGACUCGGAAUUCAUCCGGGCACUUGGUGAGUGGGAAAGUGUCAAUGACCACCAAAGAACUUUUUUCUCGGUUCUCUCCUCAAACCUCACCGAUUUUUGUAAAACAUUCGGAGACCGAAUAUCCAAAUCCCAACUCAAUUUCGACCAACGACUAACUAGCCUUCAAAACCAAUACCUUCAAGAAAAACAAGAAUAUAAUCAGUUAAUUCAAGCGGGAGAACGAGUUCUAAAAUUAAAAAAUGAGAAAAUAGAGGAAACAAGAACAGAAGGGAUAAAGUUAUUAGAACGGGAAAGGGCAAACUCCCGGGAACUACUAAAUAAAAAAGAAUCUGAAAAGCAA